AUGGGACGCAAGAAUAAGAAAGCAAAGCAAGCUAUGCCUAGUGAAAUACUACCCUGCAUCGACACCCAAAAUAACACAGCUUUUGAACUUGAAAGUGAGAAGGAUACCUGGCCUGAGUUUUUCUACUACCUCCUUGCUGGGGCUGAGGCAGCCCAGUAUGCUGUGCCACAUAUUUAUCUGUGUCACUGGAAUACAGAAGGGCUGUUCUUGUUUAUCAGAUGGCAGUCUCAUAUGAAUUACAUUCCUUGGUGCUACAUGCAAAAUCAUCUCAAAGCAAAACUUGGUGAAGCAUUUGAUGCUGAUGGAAGUGUGUUCACAUGGGAACAAUUCUUGGAACAAGCUCAAGAGCUGCUGAGUGGAACUCUGAUGAAGAUUGUGGUGGAUAUAUAUAACAACAAGCUUUUGAGUGCCUGUAUGAAAGAUGGUCAGGCCGGGCAAUACAGCUAUCAUGGACUGAAUGAAUGUCUUGAAGCAGAGAGAGACAAAGAACUGGUGGAAUAUGCUGAAGCUGCUGAUGAGGCACUGGUAGAAUACACUGAAUCUGCCAAAGAGAUGCUGGUAGAAUACACUAAAUCUGCUGAAGAGAUACCAGCAGAACACACUGAACCUGCUGAAGAGGCAGUGGUGAAAUAUGUUAAAGCAGGUGCCAAUCAAGAUUAUAAGAAAGCUGAUAAUUAUUCUGUUGAGCUGUGUCUUACUGAAACAGUUGCUGAGCAGAACUCUCAUAAGCUCUUUUCAUGA